AUGCAACGAGUCGCGACUAUAGCAACUGAGGCGGCUGUGUCUCUCGCCCGGCGUAGAACGCCCCGUCCAUUCCCUGCCCUCACGCGAGGACUUCGCGCGAGUCAUCCCUGCGCAGACUUUCAUUUCGACACCCACCAAUUCGUCCAGCGGCUAGAACGCGAGGGGCUGAACCGCGCACAAGCCGAAGGUAUCAUGGCCGCCAUGGCCGAGGUCAUCGACGAGAGCAUCCGGAACAUGACCAGCAACAUGGUCACCAAGGCCGACCAGGAGAAGCAUCAUUACACGCAGCAGGUUGACUUCGCGCAACUGAAGUCCGAGCUGCAGUUAACGGAGAAGAACGAGCUCGCGAUGGUCAAGGCGGAGAACGACCGGCUCGUCACGGACAUCGAGAAGCUGAAGCAGCGCCUCCGUGAGGAGAUCACGCGGACGCAGGCAGGCGUACGGCUGGACCUGAACCUCGAGAAAGGACGGGUGCGCGAGGAGAGCAGCAAACAGGAGCUGAAGAUGAAGGAGGUGGACACACGGAUAGAGCAGGAGAUCGCCAACCUCAGAACGUCAAUACAGGGGUCGAAAGCAACGACACUGCAAUAUCUUGUCGGUUUCGUCACUGGUUGCUCUGCACUACUCAUGGCAUACCUCCGCUUCCGAGUGUAA